AUGCAAAAAUCAAAUUCUACGGUUGAAUAUUUAGACAAUACUUCGCCAAAUGUUUGGACACUUGAUGGCCUAGCGGAAUGGUAUAUUAAUACAUUUUUUUGUGAUAAAAAGAAGGUCAUUGAGUAUAUAAAAACAGCACUGGAAAAUGUCAGGGACAAUCAACAAGUCUCAGAUGAAGCACGCAAGAAGGCAGAUGAAUUGACUUUGGGUCGUCUGGGUGUUAAACAUCAUGUUCACUGUGAUGCUGCGAUCAAGCUGGCACAGAUCAAAAGUAAAGAAACAAUUAUUCUGGAAGAAGUAAGGAGCUCUGAUAAUAUCCAACGUGCUAAGAUGAAUUCAGAGCAGUUUCGAAAUCAUAGUACUGUAGCAGUGGAAAUCCAAAAAUCGGAGAAAAUGCAGGCAUCAGAGAUGUUAAUUAUUCGAGAUGAUAAAAUGGUUUCUAAGGAAGAUGAAAUGGAUGCAGUUAUAGAGUCUAAUGAAGAUAUCGACAAUCAGGAGUUUUUUGAGGACGACAAUUAUGAAGAUCUUGAUGAAAUGAGUGAUGAUAUUCAUCCUAAAAUCGACAAGAAAUUAGUACACUCAGAGUUCAAGUACACCUCCAGAGCCAGCGACCUGGAGCUAUGGAAGGUUUUUAUCCCUACUGAAGGAAACGACGAAAAGCUAAAAAUACUACAGGAUUACGUAGAAAAUAAUUCUCACGUAGAAUUUGAGAUUGAAAAACAACUUGGAGGUGUGAAGUUGUCACCAUCUAAAAAAAUCAGAGAAAUUUUUGAUAAAGGUCCUGAAGACGAUCACAUUCAUAUAAUAAUAAAGAGACAUGGUAAAGUAUUAUUAUUG